CUGCAGGGAGCUCCUGAGGUGUCGCAUUGUCCAUCCCUGGAUUCUCCAACCACUGACUCCCAUCCCCUCUGACCACAGCCAGGGACCACAUCCCACUGCCUGCCCAGUGUCCAUCCAUGGAGGUGACCACCGUGUCCCCAUCUCCUGCCUCACCCACUGAAGGAGAUGAUCUCUGUGAGAUAGAUAUAGAUGUCACCAACGUGGCCAUGCACAGUGUGGCACUGCUCAUCUGCCUCUGUGGGCUGGUUGGGAAUGGGGCUGUCCUUUGGCUCCUGGGGUCCCACCAUGUGUCCAGAAACAGCACCCCUCUUUACAUCCUCACCCUGACUUUUAUUGAUUUCCUAUUCCUUCUCUUUCUGGUCUCUGCCUCUCUGCUUUUCCUGCUGGAGGACGUGUCCUGCUCUGUCAUCAUGCCCUUGCUGUAUGUCUGGGUGCUUUCCCAGCUGUCUCUGGUUUCCUACAUCACGUGGCUGUACCUGCUGACUUUCAUCAGCAUCUGGAGGUGCAGAUCUAUCCACUGCCCACUCUGGCACUGCUGCCACCGUCCCCAGCACCUCUCAAAGGUGGUGUGUGCCCUGCUCUGGGCAUUCUCUAUCUCUGUCAUCACUCUCUUUGCCACAUGGUUUUCCCUUUGUGCAUCCCAGCUACCUGAGCACUGCCGGAUGUCUUUCAUCUCCAGGUACACCUUUGACCUCCUCCUCUGUGUUCCCUUCAUUCUUAUUUCCAUCACAAUUCUCCACCUUAAGAUCAUGUCUGACUCCCACCAGCAACAACCCAAGAAUCUCGACAUUGUUAUCUGCCUCUCUGUGCUCCUCACUCUGCCCUUCAGCCUCAGGAAUUUACUGCAGGAGUUUGGCUAUACCAUUUUCUCAUCCCACCUGACUUUCCUGCUCACCUGCAUCCACAGCAGCAUCAAACCAUUCAUCUAA